AUCAGUCUGCAUUAGUAGACAGAAGUAACUAGGGAAAGCUUGGUAGAAUUCCACUUAGUUAAGGCUCCCUCCAGCUGCAGAACGUGUUUUGGUCAGAAUCACACUUAUAGAGCAAAAGUGCUGAGAAUAGAGCAAUGAUCUCAGCAAUGAAAUCUGAACUUUAUGCUAGUCGAGGCUGAGACGGAUUCUGGGUGGGUGUUGUGGGUGUUUUUCCCCCUUGCCUCUCUUUUGUAUACACAGCCAAAGUAUUUAGAGACUCUUUCCAUCUUCUUGCCAUCUCUAUGAGGUAACUCUGGAAGCUUUUCUUUUUCUCUUUUUACUUUUUGCUUUUGUUAAUACUAAAGCUGAUUUGAAAUAUACAGACAUUUUCUGGAAUCCUUUAAACAAAAUGCCAGGACUCUGUAGGAAAGUUUUCUGCGCUGAGGAUUUCUACUGUAUAACUGGAAUGAAAAAAGUCACAAUAUGCAAGAGGUAAAACCAUUUCCGUCUGUGGAGAAGUUCAUGGAACCUACAAUGUUUCAUCUGGCCCUGAUUGUAUUCCAUGUUGGGACCUGCUGCUAAUGUACUAUGACAUGUCUCUAGCCAUCAGGAAAAGAAGCUGGGAAGAGCAUGUGUCCCAAUGGAUGGGCUUGCCUUUUAGUUCCAUUGAUUCUAAUAUAUUAUGCAGGCAUGGCCUAGUAGCUGACAACCUUCAGGCAGGCAUGGAAAAGGAUGGACUUUGGAGUGAAGGCCAUAAAGAAAAAAGUGCUUCCUUGCCGGAUUGCUGUCUUGGUGGAGAGCUGGGAGGUUUCCCCUCGAAGCUGCUUGGUAAUGUUUCCAAAGAGGUAGAUGAAAAUGACAAUCACCAUCAAGAAGAAGAAGUAUGUCUUUCUUUGGAAGACAGCACAGAGACUUUAGUCAAUGUUUCCCUUGGAGGUGACAGUGGUGGUGGUGAGCAUGAUGAUGACAACAAUGACAUGGAGCUUUCCCUGGCAAAAAUCAAUGACCAGUCCACUCACGAUGAAGACAAACUGUCAGCUGAAAGCAACAGCUUAGAAGGAGGAGUAGAACUUUGCAUGGAUGUAGACCCCAGAGAAGAAGCAAAGAAAGAAUCUAAACAUUCCUAUGAAUCAACUGAAGAAAUGAAUGAACCCCAUUCUGGGACAAAUCCCAAAUCAGUGAUGGAAGAAGGUAACAUUUGGUGCCUCCCAAAGAGGGAGGCAGUGUUGGAAGAGGGAGAAGAGGGCAGAGAAGAAAGUCUGGAACUUUACUGCAAUGACUCCAAUGAAAAUGAACAUGCUCCAAAAGAAGAUUUCUGUGAGCCUCCAAAUGUGCAAAAAGAUGUGUCUGAGGAGAAAACGGUCCAUGUUGUUGUAGCUGCACAAGAGUAUGAAACAGCAGGUGCUUCUAAAUUUGGGGAUGAAAGCAUUGUCAGCAGCUUAUUACCUGAUGAACUUUCUUCUGAUCAAUGUAGUGACAGCAAUGUAGUUGCUGCAGGUGCCAGUGACUAUCUUGGCCCAUCGCCUUGCUCUUCUUUCCUGCCAGAGGGAAAUGACCUGGAUGCAAAUGAAUUCGCAGAUUCUCAGAACAAAGGCAUCCCAAGUGUGCCCUCUGUGGAAGGUGUGGCCGAUUUAAAGACUAACACAGCCAUGCAGCAGCCUACAGAUAGUCAAGUCAUUCUGCGCAAACGAAAGGAAGCGAGAGAAGAUCGAGAUCAGUCACGACUGGACUCCAUGGUACUGCUCAUUCUGAAACUGGACCAGCUCGAUCAGGACAUUGAGAAUGCCCUCACUUUAGGGGCCUCACCAUCCAGCAUGCUGACCCACACACGGAGGCACAUACCUGAUUUGGAAUCACAUUCUGAAAGUGGAGUUGACAUUGCUACCCUGAGCCACCAGCAAACAAACAUCCCACCACUGCCACCACCACUGCCUCCUCCUCCUCCUCCCUAUGGUGCUGAUCGAACGUUUCCUAUUCCUAUGGCUGGUUCUGGAGCUAAACCAAAGGCUGGGGCCAUGCCAAUUAUUACAGAAAAGGAGAAGGCUGAAAUUGAGGCCAAGGAAGCAUGCGAUUGGCUGCGGGCAGCAGGGUUCCCACAGUAUGCCCAGCUUUAUGAAGAUCUUAUAUUUCCCAUUGACAUUGCUUCAGUGAAGAGAGAGCAUGACUUUCUGGACAGAGAUGCCAUUGAAGCCUUGUGCAGGCGUUUAAACACUUUAAACAAAUGUGCAGUGAUGAAGCUAGAGAUCAGUCCUCAUAGGAAACGGAGUGAAGAUUCAGAUGAAGAUGAGCCUUGUGCAAUAAGUGGUAAAUGGACUUUCCAGAGAGACAGCAAGAGGUGGUCCAGGCUUGAGGAGUUCAACGUUUUCCCUCCAAAACUAGAUGGAAAUCCCUCGUCCCCAGACACAGCUCAUCUGAGCAGUGCAAACAGUCAGGAAAGCAUGCUGAUGGACCAGAGCGAGCACCAGGAUGUCCUUUCUGUCCACAGUGCUGGCAGCAAUGGUAGCCACCCCACUGCUUCCCAGAGUGAACCUGCCACAACUCGGACCAGUUCCAUCAUGAGUGUGGGCUUGUCAGGCAACCUUGUGGCCAAUGAGGACUCCUUCGGCAGCUUGCCCUCACCGAAAGAGCUGUCAAGCUUCAGUUUCAGUGUCAAAGUGAGUGAGAAGACCGCCAAGUCGAAAACACGGAGCCUGCUAAAGAGAAUGGAGAGCCUAAAACUCAAAAGCUCCCAUCAUGGUAAAAACAAAGGCCCUUCAAAACUUGGCCUCAUAAUCAGUGGCCCUAUCUUGCAGGAAGGUGUGGAUGAGGAAAAAUUAAAACAGCUUAACUGUGUGGAGAUCUCUACCCUCAAUGGCAACCACAUUAAUGUCCCCAUGGUACGCAAAAGAAGUGUCUCCAAUUCCACCCAGACCAGCAGCAGCAGCAGCCAAUCAGAGACGAGCAGUGCAGUCAGCACUCCAAGCCCCAUCACAAGGACACGUAGCCUCAGUGCCUACAACAAACGAGUAGGGAUGUACCUUGAAGGCUUCGAUCCUUUCAACCAAUCAACAUUCAACGAUGUCAUGGAACAGAACUUUAGAAACCGGGAGAGCUUUGCAGAGGAUACAGUCUUCUUCAUUCCUGAAGACCACAAGCCUGGAACUUUCCCCAAAGCUCUCUCCAAUGGGAACUUUGCUCCUUCUGGGAACAGCACCUCAGUGAACUGGAGAACAGGGAGCUUCCAUGGGCAUGGACAUCUUGCCCUCAGGAGAGAAAACAGUUCUGACAGCUCCAAAGACCUGAGCAUUGGGAAGAGGCGCAAUUCUUCCAGCUCCAUGUGUAGUCGCCUGAGUAUUUAUGACAAUGUGCCAGGCUCUAUCCUGUAUUCUAGCACUGGUGAUCUGGCUGAUCUUGAGAAUGAAGACCUCUUCCCUGAACUGGAUGACAUUCUCUAUCAUGUCAAAGGCAUGCAGAAAAUCGUAAACCAGUGGUCAGAGAAAUUCUCGGAUGAAGGGGACUCAGAUUCAGCUCUCGAUUCAGUUUCUCCAUGUCCUUCAUCUCCUAAGCAGAUCCUCCUUGAUGUGGACAAUGACCGGACAAUACCCAGCGAUCUUGACAGCACAGGAAAUUCACUGAAUGAUACAGAAGAGCCCACAGGGAUCCAGGAAAGGAGGGACUCUGGAGUAGGGGCCUCACUGACACGCUCUAACAGACACAGAAUGAGGUGGCACAGCUUUCAGAGUUCCCAUCGACCCAGCUUCAGCUCAGCGUUGUUACAGAUCAACUGCCAGUCUGUCGCACAGAUGAACCUGCUGCAGAAAUAUUCCCUCUUGAAGUUAACUGCACUCUUGGAGAAAUACACCCCUUCUAAUAAGCAUGGCUUCAGCUGGGCUGUGCCAAAGUUUAUGAAAAGGAUAAAAGUCCCAGAUUACAGGGACCGAAAUGUGUUUGGAGUUCCCCUGACCGUUAAUGUGCAACGCACAGGACAACCUCUACCGCAGAGCAUUCAACAAGCCAUGCGAUUUCUUCGCAACCACUGUCUGGAUCAGGUUGGCCUUUUCCGAAAAUCUGGAGUCAAGUCAAGAAUCCAGGCAUUACGACAAAUGAAUGAAAAUUCAACAGGAAAAGUAAACUAUGAAGGUCAGUCUGCUUAUGAUGUGGCCGACAUGCUGAAGCAGUAUUUCCGUGAUCUGCCGGAACCGCUCAUGACCAACAAACUUUCAGAGACUUUCUUACAGAUCUACCAGUAUGUGCCAAAGGAUCAGCGUCUUCAGGCCAUCAAGGCAGCCAUUAUGCUUCUACCAGAUGAGAACAGAGAAGUCCUACAGAUUCUCCUGUAUUUUUUGAGUGAUGUCACAGCUGCUGUGAAGGAAAACCAGAUGACGCCAACAAACCUCGCUGUGUGCUUAGCACCUUCGCUUUUCCAUUUGAACACCCUCAAGAGAGAAAAUUCUUCUCCAAGGGUGAUGCAGAGAAAACAGAGUCUGGGAAAGCCUGAUCAGAAAGAUUUAAAUGAGAAUUUGGCUGCAACACAAGGCCUGGGCCACAUGAUUGCUGAGUGUAAGAAGCUGUUUCAGAUCCCUGAAGAAAUGAGCAGAUGUCGUAAUUCUUAUACAGAGCAAGACCUUAGACCUUUGAGCUUGGAGGAACUUGGGCGAAUGAAUAACUCGGAGCCUGCAGACUACCAUUCUUACAUUCAGGACUGUAUGGAUGACCUGUUCAAGGAGAUAAAAGAUAAAUUUAAAGGAUGGGUCAGUUGUUCCACUUCUGAGCAAGCAGAGCUGGCCUACAAGAAGGUUUCUGAGGGUCCACCUCUCCGGUUGUGGAAAUCCACUGUUGAAAUCCCUGCAGCUCCUGAAGAGGUAUUAAAUCGCCUACUUAAAGAACAACAUCUUUGGGAUGAAGAUCUUUUGGAUGCAAAAGUGAUCGAGACUUUGGACAGCCAGACUGAUGUAUACCAAUAUGUCCAAAACAGCAUGGCCCCACAUCCAGCCAGAGACUAUGUAGUACUAAGGACUUGGAGGACAAAUUUAUCUAAGGGAGCUUGUGUGCUGUUGAGCAACUCCGUGGACCAUGACCUUGCUCCAGUCCUUGGUGUGAGAGUGAAUGUGCUCUUGUCCAGGUAUCUCAUUGAACCUUGUGGAUCAGGAAAAUCCAAGCUCACCUAUAUAUGCAGAACUGAUUUAAGGGGACACAAACCUGACUGGUACACGAAGGCUUUUGGCCACUUGUGUGCAGCCGAAGUUGUAAAGAUCAGAGACUCUUUCAUUAAUCAGAACCUAGAGACUAAAGAAGCAAAAUCCAGGUGACGAACGAAGUGGACCAAUGGUAUUUCAAUACCCAAAUAUUUCCAGAAACUGUUGAUUGUCUGCUACAGAGAGGGUCACGGUGUGGCCUGUUCAGUCUUGUCCUGAAGGAGAAGUGUCUGGAAUGGGAUUGAGAUCCUCACUCAAAAAUCUGUGGCAAUACCACACAUUUUUAAAGCUGCUUCUUGUCGGUGUUAGGCCUAUAGUGUAGGCCUUGACUGGAAUAUAUUGGAAGGUGCAACUUUUUUGUUGUUUUGAGUAAUAUUAUACUUGUUGCUUGGACAGUGUGAAUUGCUUCUGAGAAGCUAAACUCCAAGACUUAAAUCUGUUUCUGGAAUAUAGUGAAAACAGUUCAUUCCUCUGUAAUGUAGCUUUAUGUAUGUAUCUGUGUGCCAUUUGUUGAGGGACUGUUGCAUCCACUGGAUUCGUUGGCACUCUUCAAUGGGUUCUUACGAGAGUGAGUGAAAGAAGGUUUGCACAGAGGCAGAGGUGUGAAUCGCUGUCUAAAUGGGUGAACAGAGUGUUAGGAACUGGAAUGAUAGAAUCAGAGUGUCUGGUACACUUGGAAGCAAAUGGAAAGAUUUAAAUUUGCAUGUGUGUAGUAUGGGGUUGGGAAGGUCAGCCUAGAACCUUUGCAUGUCCAGCAGAUCAAUGCAGGUUUCAUUCACUUGUUAUGCAUUAGUCCUGUGUGAAUGUAUUUAGGAGGAGGAAAAAGGAAAACAAGGACCACACUAGAUUGGGCAAGGAAGUUGAAAAGGAGAAACAUCUAAAGCUGAUACCAGACAAAGAAUUUAUUAAAAUUAUUUUUUAAAUGUCCAGUUUGUUUCAACAUCUGCCUUUUGCAAUGGCAGUAGCUCUGCUUGUCUAUUCACAUUUUAAAUUUCCCAGAACAUUUUCAUGUGCAUUUUGCCCAGACAAAUCUGACUUUGCCACAGAAUGCAGACCAAAUGUUGUUCACAGCUCCUUUAGAAUAUAUUUGUAAGAAGCAAAGGAUAUGCUUGUAAGAAUGGUCAGACUUUACCUAUUUAGCUGUUUAUCUAAAACAUCCUGGAGAUGUACACCUCAAAAAUGGAAUUUGUGGGGAGAAUUGAGGUAGAAUGUGUGGGGAAUAGCAGUGCUUAGUUCUCAAACUAAGAGUAGGACUACUCAGGAUUAAGAGGGUGACAUUGGCUUUGCUAGCAGGGACAAAGCUAUGCAAAGCAGCCCAAACCCCAGAAUUUGUGUGCAUAGCUUUGUAUCCCUGUGUAUAGCAUAGACACCUGCAGCGAAGCUUUGUGCAUACAGCUAUACACAGAGACUUCCACAUUUUUCAGAACCCAAGCCAUGUACAAUUCUGUGCCACAUGGAAAACUCCAUGCAAACAGUUGUAUGCUCAGAGGCCUCCCUGGUGUAGGCACCACUACCUGGAUGCCUGGGGUGGAGCAGUGUUGAGGAUCUGGCCGCUCUUAUGUGGUAGCUUCAACCCUUCUGAUAAUGACUGAUUAGCACUAGUGACUUGAAAGGAUGGCCCUUGAAAUAUAUAUAACUAUACAUAUAUGUGCACACACAUGGAAAGGUAUUAGGUAUUUUUUUAAAAUUGAAUUUUAAGACUGCCUCUCCUUUUGCAUCACAUAUCCACAUUUUUUCCUGCAUUCACACCUGUUGAAAUGCAACCAGGAGGCUUAACAGUCCUUUGUUUUUUAAUGAAUCUCAUAGGAAUAAACAGAAAGCUUGUGGCAUGGGAAUAGAGCUGAAACUGCCUUUAGUAGCUCAAAAAAAACUGCACUGGAAAAUGUCAUAACUGGAGCAUUAUGAAGUUUUAAAGCAAUUCAGUGUAAUGGAAACUGUUACAAGUUCAAAGGUAUUCAUAUAUUCCACUCAUCUAUAACCAUAUAACCUCAUUUAUCCACAAGGUUUUGGGGGAAACUUCCAAGAUGAUCAGAGAUUCUGAAGCCUGGAUAAGGGGGAGCAUUGUUGCGAAAGGACUGCAAGUUAGCGUAAACACGACAUUUUUCCUGUCCAAACAUGUGUAGGAAUUAACCUUUAAGGCCACUAGAUGUGGGAAGAAUCAGAACUCCAGCCCCAGCCUUGGAAGAUUGGUUCUUUCUAUGCCAGCUGGAACCAGCUUGGAGCCAGCAUGGAGAGAUGCAGUAGGAAGUGAAGGAGUAAAGGACACUGUCAUCCUCCAAGGAAUCGUGGCAGGUCCUUGCUCCUGUCUUCACAACCCAUGGUGACACACCUAACAUCUAAGUAAUAAAUGUAUUUAAUAAAUUAAUUAAUAAGUAUUUUUAGAAGCAUGGCAGCAAUCCCCUCCAUCGGAUGCCCGUCAGCCUCUGAGUUUGGAGCAACACUGGCUCACACUGUUACUAGCUUUUAGAAGGAAACCCAAACCUCUAAAUGCCGAUCUUCCUAGGCAACAAGGUUAGCAGUAAUAAAUCAAUACUAAUACCUGGGAAAUGUGUAGAACUGUGCUGUUGCUUUGUUUUUCGAAAGAACUAAAUUAAUGGUCAAGCAUUUUCAGAAAAACCUAAGCAGUGCAUGUAACACUGAACAUUUCCCAAACAUUUCAUGGGAGAUAUCUAUAGUAGUAAAGCACCCAAAGGUCCCUGAGUGAUAGCAGGUGGAAUUGGGAACAGUUUUGAUGCUCGAACUCCAUGGGAAGUGUGGCAGUGCAAAAGGGCAGCCCUCCCCAUGCGCUGAUCCUGUUUCCCCUAUUGCAAACCAUGUGUGAUUGGUCCUCAAGAGCAUCUGUAUACCCACUUAUCAUGAGGUACCCACAAUACCCAUGAUGGAUGCUCUUAAAAUAGCACUGCUGCUUUUCUGUUCUGAAUAGCACUAGGUCCAAAAAAAGGAAAGGCUGUGAAUCUCACCUUCUCAUUACCCAAAGCUUGACAUGGCACCUGUGUAAGGCCUGUACUUAAGAUUCAGUAUUGUGUAAUGAUGCACUGAAGCCACAUGAGGCAUAAAUGGGGUGAAAAGAGUAAAAUGACAAGAUGAGUAUUUCUUCGAAGCAAAGGAAAGUUACUUGUGCUACUUGUUACCUCUUGGUGAGACUCCAUCCCCUAAAUCCAGUUUCUUAGCCCUUUGCUUCCUCUGCAGCCAGAGAUGAUGUCUGGCAGGUGUGUUGUCCCAAACACCAUGUGGAAAAACUAGGCAGCUGGUUCCUCCUUGCUCUCUCAAAUUGAGAAAAGGCCUGUGCACCCUCAGAACUGCCUUCCUUUCCCCACCCCAGGAUGGUGGCUUGGCUAGAAGUGUUGUUGUUGUUAGUUGCAAAGUCACGUCCGACCCAUCGCAACCCCAUGGACAACAUUCCUCCAGGCCUUCCUG